UGUAAAAUUUAAGCUCACGCGGUUGAACAACGGCGAUGACAUCACGACGCCGUGUCUCCGCCCCUCUCCGGCAGAAGGAGCGGAAGUUCCGUUGUGACCUGGGCUAGCAAGCGCACUCCUCACAUUGUAUGUGUGGCAACAAUAUGUCUGUACCUCUGCUCGCUGAAGCCGUGACGGUGUCCGGGACGGAGAAGGAGACGGCUGUGGUGAUCUUCCUUCAUGGCUUGGGUGACACAGGACACGGCUGGGCUGAUUCCAUGAUGUCUAUCAGACUGCCGUACGUCAAAUACAUCUGCCCACACGCACCCCGAAUCCCUGUAACGCUGAACAUGAAGAUGACCAUGCCCUCAUGGUUUGACCUGAUGGGCUUAAGCCCAGAAGCCCCAGAGGAUGAAGCAGGGAUUAAGAAAGCAGCAGAGAACGUAAAGGCCAUCAUUGAUCACGAGGUAAAGAAUGGUAUACCAUCCAAUCGUAUUAUUCUUGGUGGCUUCUCUCAGGGUGGAGCUCUGUCUCUCUACACCGCUCUGACCUCUCAGCAGCAACUAGCGGGUGUUAUUGGACUUAGUUGUUGGCUUCCACUUCACAAGACUUUCCCACAGGCUGCAAGUGGGAGUGGAAACAAGGGCACUCCCAUUCUGCAGUGUCAUGGCGAGAUGGAUCCCAUGAUCCCGGUGCAGUUCGGGGCCAUGACAGCAGAGAAGCUCAAGACCAUUGUCUCUCCACAGAAUGUCACCUUCCGCAGCUACCCGGGUCUCAUGCAUAGCUCCUGUCCUCAGGAGAUGUCUGCUGUGAAGGAAUUCAUUGAAAAGCAGUUGCCCCGAGUCUGACCUCAACCAUAACUCACUGUGACCCUUAGACACUGACCUCUCACCUCCGACCUGCCAUUCUCUCACAGGAAACAGCCAUGAUCCCCUACAACACGAACCAUACAUGCGCAUGAACAUUCAGUUGUACAUACUGUGAACAUGCAACACCACGUCAUCUCACGCCUUUCUUUGUAAUUUCAUACCUCAUUAAAAAAGUGAUAUUAUUAUUAGUGACAACAUUUGGCAUCCGUACAUACAAUAGUAUCCCAUGAAACCUUGCUCUUUACUUUAAGGGAGACUCAUUAACUUUUAUCAUACAUUCCUGUAAGCAUUAAAUCCGUUUCCCAGUAUCUCAGUAUCAGUCUCUUUCUCUCAAGCAAGGCGGGAAAGGUAACAUUUUUCUAGACGGCUCUGUAGCAGAACUUGGGAGACAGUUCAGAUGCUGCAAAUCUGUGGUGGUGGAGGAAGUUAGUGAGAGCCGGUGCUGUCUGGAGUGACUCGCGUCACGCUGCUCUGCAUGCUGGUCUCAUGGUGCAUGUCUGCAGUGGGGCUUCGUCGGGAUGCUGCAACUCAUACUUUUGUUUGUUUGUUUUAGCAAAUAAACUACUCAUUUGAAUCUUCCGGUAUGCCUUGUUUUUCAUGGAAUAAGAAAUCUGACACCAAGUCUAUAUGCAAAAUUAGGUGAUUUACUUACGCAAUGCAACUACUUGUAUAAUAAGCUUAUUUAAAAUAAACCUUUUACAAAAAACGCACAUAACCAGCUUUAGAUCUGAGUAUCUUACUGUAAAAUAAUCAAUGAUACUAAGCUCUUGACAUAAUAAGAAAGUGAGUCACUCCAGACGGGGCCGAUAAUAUUUUCCAAAAUAGCUUCCCAAAUCCUCCCUAAUUCCCUGUUCACCUCAUAACCACACCAUCCUCCACCCACGUGACCAAACACAUUCAAGUGUUCUGGGGUCUCAGAUGGCAUAUGUAUAUAUAUUUCAGGUUCCAUAAUAAUGCAUAAAAGUAUUGUUUACUGAAACGACCUAUUAACAAAAGAUGGAAGGUCACAGUUAUGCAGCGGAUUAAGCCUGCUGAUAUUAAAGGAUUAUGAGGUAACCUUGAUUAGCUAUUAAAAUUGAAAUAUGAGUUUGCAAACGUGGAUGCUAUAGUCAGUUUGCUUGUAUACAUUUGAAAAUGGAUUAUUAAAAUGUGUGAUGAUAUCUCUAAACCAGUUGUUUGCAAAGUAGUGAAUGUUGCUUUUUUAAUCUAAAAUAGAUGUUCUUCAAUAUAUUAUUUCAGUGUUAUUUUAUCUUCUAUCUAAGUCCAUUUGACUUCCAUGUUUUCAUAACUGCUAUAUGAUCCCCUCUUUUAUAAUUGGCAUUAUUCCUUAUUAUUAGUUAGAAUCAUUUCUGAGCUUCAGACAGGUUUCCUAUAUGCCCUGUGGCUUGAAUGUUAAUUGUAUGAAUCAUGGGCAUGCCAGGCACAAGCGGGUCAGCAGAAACGGGCAAUAUCUUUGGGUUUUACAGUGAACUUAUAAGUUUAUGUUCACCUGAGUUGUAUUUUGUUGCUGGGUUUUUUUCUUCUGUCAAGUUUCGUUGUCGUUGUCUUUUUAUUUUAAGUGUACUGAGGGACAAUUGGUUCUUCAGAAACUUUCCCAAAACACCUGUAUGUGAAAUAAUAAAUGAUGCAAAUCACA